UUGGCUGUUCGUACCCGGUUUUAAGAAACAAAUCAUCAACCGGUCCGUUAACACGUGCGUACCGUGUCGCGCUCUCGUACGUCCGUUUGUUCGUUCGCAAAACAUUUCUCGUUCGCCGCGUGUUCAAUAUUCUCUCCCUCUCUCUCUCUCUGCGUUACGUACGUGCAAAGGGUUUUUUUCUUGUUGUUGUUGUUUUUUUUGUUUCAUCUCUUUCCGUUCACCGUGCGUGUAUCAAGCAUCCCUUCAAACUACCCCUAAUCCUUGCUCUCUUUCGUUCCCUCUUACUCUUCCCAUCCUUUUCCAACAUAAACACACGAACACUCACACACACGUGUACACGCAUCGUUUACCUGUGUAGCCUGUUCGCUCAAACACACACACACAUACAACCCCCAAACCAUGUAUGGAACGCUGCAGUGCGUUUCCAAACACACGACAUCGUAGUGUACGGGGGGAUUUGCUCUCGCAUGCAUAACCGCGCUCGCUCACACACACUUCCGACAUAUCUGUAUGCUCUUUCGCUCCCUCUCUCUCUCGCAUACACCGGUUAUGUGUCGCGGUCUGUUGUUUUCGUUCGGUAUUUCGAAUUGUCAGUGAUUUUUACUUUUACCUGCGGCUGCCGUUUUAUUGUGCGUGUUCAUUUUCGAUCGCGAUAUUGUGCACAAAAACGGCAAAAAAAAACCCCCACUGCUCUAGAACUUCUUCUGCAUCUGUGUGGCCUUUGCCUGUAGUUCAGCGUUACGUUGCGCUGCCGUGCAUUUUUCUGGGUACAUUUGGUGGCAUUCAAAUCGGUUAAAAUGUCACGAUAAAACGCGUUUUCGUGCUCAGUGCUAGUUUCGCUGGUUUUUAGAUGUGGCAAGAUGUACGCAAUUUUAAGCAUUUGCAAGCAUGGUUGCACGGUGGAACACAGAAACAGUGAAGAUGGUUGUAAUUUAACAAUCUCCCUUAAGCUACCAUCAAUCCCCAAGUGUGACAAAACGGCAUCGGUUUAGUUGUGUGUGGCGGUGUGGCCUGUUCGGCCAUCGGCUAAUCUUAUUAGCGUUCAAUCUAUCAGCUUAUCGGCGGCCAUUUGCUUGCAAUGCGAGCGGCUGUCCCGGUGAUAUCGUUCGUCUGGCCGGACAUUGGUGCUUUCCAUCGUGGUUAUAAACCGGCCCUUAUGGUGUGUGUUUUGUGUGCGAUAGUCCAUUGUUCGAAUCAGUCCAAUAGAAAUAUAGGUGCGUUUGUGGUUAAAAAAUGGUGAAUCUACAUCCAGCGGCGACUGCGAUACAACCAAACAAAGCAUGCGUUGAUGAAUGUUUAAGCGAUGUUAUCUCGCUUGUCAUCUGAUUGCGUGUCGCUGUUUUGCAAUCGAAUCAGUUCCGUUUCAUCCGUCGUUCUUGGUGGUGCAUGGUGCAGUGUGUGAGAUUAUUGUGUAAAAUUAGAUACAUUUACCUGCCCAAAACAAAAAAAAGGUUGAGUUUUAAUCGCUUUGCCAUACAUCUUUCACCCAUUAUGGCUAUUAUUGACGUUUUGUAACACCGUUAGGCAGCUACAGUUACGGUUUGUUUUGUGUUACAAAAAAACCCUUUCCCUGCUAACACACGGAUAAGAUGAAGCAAUAGUUAAGCAAAUAAUUGAAUCAAAACCGGGCGAGAAAUGGCGUUUUGAUGCCGGUUUUCCCCCACGUGAAGACCUUGAAACACCGGGUGUGUAAUCGUCUGGCUUAUAAUACGCGAGUGUGUGUGUGCGUUUAAGUGGUUUUUGGCUUGAAAGGGAAAGGCAAUAAAAACCGGUGAAGAAUACGCAGCGAUAAAGCGAGAGGACGACUUCCUUUCCGUGUGCAAGGACUGUGUGUCUGAUGACGAAUCUGGCAAACAUUUCACCGCUUGCUUCCGUUUCCCGUCAGUUCCAACAACAAAAAAACACGCCGUUGAUCUUACACCAGCGUGGCGAGCCCAAUCGGACAAAUCGCGUAUUAAAUUUUGAUAAACACCCUCUGCCAGACGACAAAAACAGAGCAACAAAACCAUCGUUCCCAACAACGCUGUGCCUGGCAGCUGUUCCACUGUCCGGAGGCUGCAUACUCCCGCAGGCCCCGGAGAAUUGGUCGCCGGUUUUGCAAUUAAACAACACUCACUUUGAGCGAGCCUUAAUGUUCCAUUUUACGAGAUGUUGUAGCAAAUUUAAUUAAAUCCGUGUCGAUUGUAUAGUCACUUCACUUUUACACCACAUAAACACACAAACAUCCACGCGCACGCAUUGUGUACGUACCGAACGGAGUCAAGUGCCUGAAGAAUGAUAUCCUUUCGCAGGAUGUGGUGACAAAUAAAACAUACUCGAAUUCUCACACACAGACACAUCUUUCACUCACCAAAACUAGAAUUUUUCAAACGAUACAACACGUACACGUGUGCAAAUGCGUCACAAAACAGAGUGAACCAAGUGUGCUUAAGUGUGCGAAUGUCCAUUCUUUCUGUUCGUGUUAUGUGUGUGUGUUGUGUGUGUGUGUGUCCAAGCAGUUCGUGUGCGUGUGAUUUAGUUUUCGUCUGGUGGUCGAUUUUAUCUCGUUGGUGUGGCGUGUGAUUGUGUUAAGCGUUUGUUUCCGUAAAGUAAAAGCCAAGUUUACAUGUUUCGUGUCUUUACGUGUAAAGCUAACAAAUAAAGCGCUAGGUGCUAGUGAGAGGUAAACGUGGAAGGAGCGUGAAACUAGUGAUCACUGAAGUAAUCCUGCAAAGGGGAUAGUGUGUGGAUCCCCGCAUGUGUCCGCAGGCUCAAUGGUUAGCGUCCGCAGCCGGUACCGAAAACGGCUCCAAACCCAGCACCAGCAACACAACCAUUAGCCCGAGCGGGGCCCGCGAAUAGUAGUGUCCGAAGCAGCAAAAAAGAGCAGAGUCGAAAGCAGCUCACCGGGCAAAAGAAAAGGUUACGACGGAAAGGGGGUGAAAAUAUUCAAUCACAGUUCAAUCUUGCCACUCUCUCCCCUGGCACACAGCGUUUCCCUUUUUCCAUACCUCCCCACACACACACCCACACCCACCCCCCACUCUAAAAGUACCCGCCUUCACAAAUAUGUCGAAUGUACCGGCAAAGUUUUACACCCUGUGCCGACUGUGCCUGACAACGGUUCGGGACUGUGAUCUUCCCGAGGCGACGGUCAAUUUUCGCGAUCCACCCAAUGGUCAGCAUCAGCAACAGGAGCAGAUCGUCGACCAUGAUCACGAGCUGAUGGAACAGCAGCAGCUCCCGAUCGUGGAGUGUAAUGUGGAAAUAGUCUGCACAGAGGACGACGUUGGUAGCGUUGGCAAUCAGACAGAUGCCAUCGCUUCAUCGCCCGUUGACAUGGAAGCGGACGGUGGUGGUGGUGGCGAUGGUGAUGGUGGUGGCGGUGGCAGUGACGAUGGUAAUGGUGUUGAUGCAUCGCAAAAGGAUGUGCGUGGAAAGGACGGUGAAGCAAGUGCCCUUCCGGUGGUCGUUACAGCGAAUGGUGGCGCUGCUGACGGGAAUCACAUUAGCAGCAGCAGCAGCAGCAGGAGCAGCAGUAGUGGACAUGGAGACGAAGAUGAAGACUACGAGGAUGAUGAUGUAUUCAGUGCCGGCAACAUGUAUCCUGAUCUUCCGAAGCGGAUAUGGACGUGUCUUUCAAUUAAGAUUGCACCAGAGGAUGGUUUGCCAACGGUUGUGUGUAGUUCCUGUCGUGAUCAGCUAGAAUCCUGCCAUCGGUUCCGCCGGGUAGCUCACAGGACGCAGAAAUCACUACAGAGCUACCUCAGCUAUGCAGCAGAGCUCGCUGGAAGUGAAGAGGAAAUACUCACCGAAUCUUCCGAGAAGUUGGAAAACUUGAUUGCUUCGUCGCCCGCGACGCUUGCACUGAAGGCGUCGGCCGAGCAGGACGCGAUCGCCGCCCUGCAAGCCCUGCGCAACAAUAACAAUCAUACAAAAUCAGUUACCUCAGUACUUAGUAAAACGCAUCUACAAAACCUGGAAGCAAAUGCCGUAUCUGUGAUCCCCAUCGAGAGUAUGAAACUUACUUCCACCGGCGUACUACAUCAGCCGACAACGACGACUACUACCAUCAUCCAUCAGCAAGAGGAGCAGCAGCAGCAAUCGCUGCAACUAUUUCAGCAGCAGCAGCAGCAAACAAACCAACCAAAGCAGCCGCUUAUACAGGUGCGCAACCUGACGCAGCUGCAGAAGGAGCAUCUCGAGACGGCCGCGGUGUUGAUGGACAUCAGCAAGAAGGCCAUCAUCUCGCCGCCAAGCUCGAACCCCCAAUCGCCUAGUUUGCUCGCCGAGCAGAAGCAGCAACAACAGCAGCAAUCGCUACAGUAUCAAAUUAACAUUAACAAUCAGCAUACACAGCAACCGCAAAGUAUUAAAUCUUCUGUGAUAAAGCCACACGAAUACCUUUUGAACAAUCUAAAGCGUACCCCUAGCAGCGAAGAGAUGGAUCUUACGAUGAAGCGAAUGAAGGUGGAACCGAACGUGGUCCUUUCGCCCACGGUUCCGGCUACCACGCUGGUGAAGAAGAACUUUAUCAAGCGGGAAAACAUUAUCGAGCAGCUGGCGGCAACCGUGGCCGAUGAUCAGGCGAGCCAACACAGCGACAGUGUGGACAGCAGUGACUCUGGCCGGUUGCAGAUGGACAUAUCCUCGCAGGAUGCACACUCCGAGUGUACCGCCGACGAGCUAAAGUUGCGCAACAGUCUUCACCUUAACAACAACAACAAUCACCUGCAUCAGCACCAGCAGCAAAUCGAUCAGCUCGGCCGCGAAACUCCGGACAGUAUGAACUCCAUCGAGGAGCAGCAGCAUCACCAGCAGGCAGUAGCAGCAGCGGCACUAGUAUCGGCAGUGCAGCAGAUUCCCUUCGGCAGCUUACCGGAUGCGUCCGAUCCGACGAUGGCACAAAUAUGGCAAACACUGGCGCAAAAUACGAAUCUCAUCGUGAACGGUAGGGGUAAUGAAGCGACAGCCUUCUUACGAAAGAUGAUUAACGCACAAAGUCAUGGCAUUCAGUUUGCACCGUCCGUAGUACCGGUUGGUACAGGGCUGGCACUGCUCAAGCAAAACGAUAUCAGUCGACACAAUCAAACAGGACAAAGCGGUCGCCGAAAACAGUCCUGCCCAAGUCGAACGCCCGUUGAAGGUAACUCGCCUAAUUCAUCCCUCGACAACAAUGGCAUCAGUGGUGCUGGAGCAAUUUUAAAGCUCGCCACCGGCAAGAGUGCCACCACCGGCAAUGUAUUAUUCCGCGUGGCGGAACACUCCAGCUCCGCGAAAACUUCACCCCAGGGUGCGGGUGUUGCACGGUCCGACACGAAUAGUACCGCAUCCGGCAAUAGCAGUCCACAGCUAAUACUCCCCAAGCCCACAGCCCAAGCGCAAUCUCAGCAACAGCAACAGCAAAACUCACAGCAAAAGGACAUGUCCUGUACGAACUGCGGUACGACAACUACCACCAUUUGGCGGCGGAACAUCCGCGGUGAGAUGGUAUGCAAUGCGUGCGGUCUAUACUUCAAGUUGCACGGCGUUAACCGACCCCAUACGAUGCGCCGUGACACGAUCCAUACGCGACGACGACGUCCUAAGGGUGAUAAAAGCACACGAAGGAAAGCUGCCAAGCAGGAUAAUGGAGAUAUUGUGGACAAUGGCGUGGAAACAGCUGUCGAUCUACAAACUCUGCAAAACCAUAUAAAGGCGCUGCACGAAGCUGCCCGCAGUACACCGCCCAACUUAACCAUGCCACCUGCCUUCCAACAUUAUCUGCGUGCGACGCAAAACUUCGACCCGAACGGUAGUGGUGAGCUGCUGGUGGGCGAUGGUGGUGACGAUAGUGGGCCCGAAAACGAUCUAGACUCGUGCAACCUGCCGCUCAAUCUGGUGGCCACCCAGUUAGGCAGCGAUUCGUCGCAACACUGACGGAAGCUUCCGACGGGGCAACAGCGCCCGGCAGCGUCAGUAGCAGCAGCACCAGGUGACCAAAAUUCUAAACCUUUGUCUAGGCGCCCUUUAAACGGGACCACCACCAAGAAGGGAACGCGCUCGGCCAAGGCACCAGUAACGGAUGCGGUAUUAUCCUGUGAGAAAAAAGGAGUAAUUUAAGGUGGAGAGAUUUGUUGGUUACUACAACCAAUGUUACUAUAACUACUAAUAUUAUCAGCUAGAAACUGCAAAAAUCCUGCUCCAACACUUACUAGCCGCUGCUAUCGGUGACAACAAUUACUUAGCUGCUACGUUCCGAACGCAGACUAUGGCAGAACAGAAAACCCCGCAAAAUACUCGUUUAUUGGGAAAACAGUCAGAAUAGACAGCGCGAAGUGCAAAACCUGUGUCCGGCGAAAGAGAAGAUUGGAAAUUUAAAUUUAGCAACCUAGACGGCGUGACAGCAGAGAAUGCGCGAACAAAUUCAAUCGGCAACUGAAAUACUCCAUUAGUGACGUCCGUUUUACGAUUAUAUAUAUAUAGAAGUGCGUUGUGGGUGGAACAGCACAGAAAAAUGGGAACGAUAGGGAGUGAAAGAGAGAGAGCUAGUGCGAGAAGGGCAGAGAGAAUUGAUCGUUGAUUGAUAAUUAUUAUACUAGAGGACAGUAUUUAUUACCUUUUAACGAAAACAAAUCCUAGACCAGGACAAUAUUAUUGAUACAAUUUAAGUGGCUGGGAUGGAGAGGAUGCGGCAUCGUAGCGGAAGAUAGAUACAGCCACAGCUACACGGAACAAGCACGCAAUUACACGCGAAAACAAAGAGACUAACCUACAAGCAAACGCACCCUGCUCACUUGGGCACCUUUCACGCAGUUGAAAGGAUAUAGAGAAACAGAGACCGAGAACGUCUUGUACUAAAAAGCGGCAAACAAACAUAAGCAAUAAUGAUUUAACCAGCCCGUCGUCAUUGUAAAGGCGUUAGCUACGGUUUGCAAAACGCGGACCCAAACCAAGGGGGGCAGCAGCAUGUAUAGCAUUGUAAGGUAGUAGCGUUAUUUUUAAGUGUCAGUUUUUACAUACGUUGUGACGAUUGAGUACGUUAAUGAGGAGCAAAACAAAACCCCAUCCUACUUGCAUGGUACAUACUUACAUUUAGAUAUUACUUUCAUUUUAACGUCAUUUUAAUCAUACUUCAGCAUUAGAUGUUAAGUGAAGGCAAACGAUUGGGAACUUUUGUGGACGGAAGUUGGUUUGGAAAUUGAAACGUUUUCUUUUUAGUACAGAAAAACAGUACAGUAAGUCGAACGGUGAAUAUUACUGUUUGUGAUUGGGAAUUAAUUAAAAACAUAAAAGGUAAAAUGGUUGUUUCACCACUAUGUUCCGUUUGUGUGCAGUUUAUUAGUUGUUUUUUUGUGAGAUGAGAUGUAGGUAAAGAUCCAGCUCCAGCUUUACACGUCAAUUUUUGCUACUUAUCAACCAAUCAUUGAGCGGUUCAUGCGUUCUUCAUCUUAUGCGGAAUAAUUUGUUUUACUGUGUUCGCCUGUACAAGGGAGCACGAAAAACAAACGAAAAAAAACCUAUUGUGAUACGGAUACGAUGUGUUGUGCGUUGAAGGGAGACGAUAAGGAGGGAAAUAGAAAGUGCAAAGGAAAACACUUUCACACAUAAAACACAUACACACGAGCGCACGAGCGUGAAAACUCCGGUGCGAUGAACAGAAUCAAAAUUAAAUAGGAACAUAGUGCAUGAUGGCCAACGCGCAUUGACAAAACAAAAAAAUAAAACGGCACAUAAACUGGCAUAAAAACAAAUGGCGCUCAUAGUUUGUAGCAUGAUAAUCAUAGAAGGAAUCUCUACCAUUUUAAACAUUAAACACUAGCAAAAAGUUAAAGUACACAUCUUGAACAGUUUACAAAAUCGCUUCAGUGCAGCUCAUACUCUGUUACAAAAAAAAACAGAAUCUCUUUUCUGGUAGCUUCUUUUUUAUAUAUCGAUCGAAACGAUCGUCUCACGUUUCCGCUUGCUUCUUGUUUCGGUUGGGAGCUGUACAUGCUCGAAGCCGAAAACCAAGCUAAACAACAACACUGGACUUAAUUAGAUUUCUAAUUCUCGUAGGUUUAGAUGAGCAGCAGUAAGCGCGCUAGUCGCUGGUCUGUUGUACACCAUGCCGGCGAAACGUGCGAAACUUAUCGAUUUUAUUUUAUCAACCAUUUUAUCAAACGCGGUCUCGCAAGGACUCUUGGUAGGCUGAUGGAUGGUAGAAAGAUGGAAACAGUAUUUAGUAAGGUAAGACAUGACGGAAUGAAACAGUAUCCAUGACGCCAGCAAACCAAAAACCAAAACCGGAACAGCAAAACAGCCAUUGAUAAAUGAUCCGUCCGUCGUUCCACUGGAAAGCUUUUUUGCACCGACCCGGGAAUUGUUGGGAAAAUUGUAGUCGCGUAAUGACCAAGGACUCGUUAAAUGUGAAUGGCAUGGAAAAGAUUUCGAAAAAUUUCACACAACCCUCUUACGACUCCAUCAUCAUCAGGAACGACAAUUCUAGUCGAACAGCAGAAGAUCUUUGUUUUUUAUUUUUUGUUUUGUUUUCGGUGGUAAUUAUAUGGCAUUAACGUUCAUCACACACGCGCUCCAUUCUUCAAACCAAGAGUUCUUCGGGUGCUACCAUCCGAUCAUCCGACCCAUGAUCAUGUGUGUACUUAUUUUGCCCCAUUGCAUUGCGUAAUCUGUUAAUUAAUUUUCAAGCUAAAAGCAAAACAGCAAAAAACAAUGUUCAGCGCCAUUUUCCCCCCAACGUGUCCUUAACCAAUGGUUACCAAUAUUUAAGUUCGCUCUCCCAUUUCAUUUCACAAUUUAGUCAUACUUUAACCGUAAACGUGCGAUGUUCAUGACAGCCUGUAUUUUAAACGGUAGUAAACCAUUAGGUUUGUUUGUUUUUUUUUACCGUAAAACCCCCUACGGAGAUAAACAGAAAAACACAAAACAUUUUAAUACCCGUAAGCUUUAAACCACAUGCAAACACAAAUGCUAAACGAAGGGCCAGUUACUGUGUAGAACGCAAUCCAAAAGCAGCUUAAACAGACACCGUAGAAUGAAAACAGUGAAAGUGCGCAAAAACAACGUUAAGGAAAAGAAAACAACAAACAAUUGAGGGAUCUCCAAUCACUCCCAUCUAGUAAAGGACGGUUGUGUUAAAAAAACAAAAACAAAAACAAAGUAGAAAAGGAAAUGGAUGAAUGGCGCCAAAUGAGAGUGUAGGAAACAGCACUUGGUACUGUUGUGUGUGCGUAUGCUUGACCAGUUGUUUACCAGUUUUUUAAUAAUACGAACCUACGGGAUACGAGAAACGUAUCUUAUUUCCUAUCGCAUAGCAUAGUUCUUAAGUUAAGUUCGAUCGGCUCUACAUAAGCUACUCCUAGGGGGAAAUGGAACAAGCAAGCAAGUGUGUCUGUAGUGUUAAGGCGUAGUGUUAGGAUUUGUGUAGCGUAGUUUACACAUCGGACCAAGUGGAGUCGCUUACGCAGUACGUUUUGUUGUUUGUAAGAUGUGAUGAUGUUUCCUUUUGUGUUUUUUUUUAUUUAAAAAUUUAUUUUUGGUACAUUUUCCGUUCGUACUUUCGUUGCAAUUACGUUCGUUUUUUUUUCUUAAAUCGUUUUUAGAAGUUUUCCCAUUUUUACUUCAUUGCUGCGGCAUAUUGUACUAAAGGUGUACUAAAUUUUUUUAUACGAUUCAAUCACAUGGGAAACAUAAAAGAACCCUUUUUUUGGGGUGUUCUCAAACGACACUCUAGCUUGCCCAUUACGAGAGGAAACAGAACACAAACGCAAACAAACUAUUGUAAUUAAUUUUUUCUACGUUUUUAUAGUUCUUUUUUAAAUCUCUGUAUUUUUGUUUAAAACUAAUUGGCCAAAUGACUAACAUUGUAGCGACCAUUAUUUGCCAGCGAUCUCCAAGUUUCUUCAAGUUACGAUAACUUCACCAGAAUGAAUGCUCCUCCUGAAUCCCAACCGUUAGGUGCAGGAAUGCACAUUUUAUUUGUUCCCAUUUUGUUUUAUGUUUUGUAUGUAGCCACAACGGAACGGAUGAAAACAAGUGGAAUCAGAUAUUGUAGUCGAUCAUGUUAAAUUAUUAAGCUCCUUUCUACGAAGAAAUGGCGUUUGAAAUGCAACCGAUUUAAGAUAUAUUUCGUAACAAGGCAGUAUUGUUUUGAGCUUAGAGCCACAAUCACGUACACACACACAUACACACAACCCAUACCCACACAAACACAAUUGCAUACGGAAUAUGUAUAAAAACCAUUUCAUGACUUAAACGCGCGUUGUACACUUAGGCAUCUCAUCCCAUUCUGCACCGCAUACUUACAAAAAGGAAAACCCAUUAUUAGUAACAGCAUGGAACACACACAGGGAUCUAAUAAGUAAGAAGUUUUUUGUUUACUCAAAAAACUGAAACCAUUCAAAACGGCAGCACAGUUUUACUUAAGAAGCGUUUUAGACGUCUGUUUUUUUAUGUCUUACUUUCCUCUCACGUGUUUGCUGUGUAAAGCGAAGAUCAGAUCGAAGUUUCGUACGCUUUUCAUCUCAUGAUCAUGCACAGAAGAGAACGAGGAACCACCAUAGUUUUUUGUUGUGUGUAAGCUUAAGGUUAGCGUUUACUACGUGUAUUUCCUUACGUUCGUACACCAUUAUCUUCCAUGAUCCUUCACCCGCCUCCAUGUUCAUUCGCCGGUCGUGUGCAUGUAUUUAUUUGUUAGAUAGUAAAAAAAACACACGAAAAAGCAUACCAUCAUUACCACCGGACGGAGGCAGGAAAACAAAACGCUUUUCCUGCUUCCUAUACAUUCAUAGGUGCGAUUCGAUGGGUGAGUUCUUACUCGAACACACAUCUUCGGGGCAGCGAUUUGAAGCGCAAGGAACAGAAUGUUCUAUUUUAUGUUCUUCUUUUUUUUUAAACUCAAUUUAGUAAUUUAAGUAGAAAAGUAUUUCCCUCGCUAAACCCCCGGCUUUACUAAAAAAAAAAACGAAACAAACCCGAUGUAUUAAUUUUGUUAAUAGCUUUGUUCUCCCAUUUAAAAGAAGAAAAAAACCACCAGCCAGUAAUUUGCUGGCAUUGUGCAUAAUACGCAAGAAAGAUUUCGUUUCGUUUCAUUUAUCGUUAAGCUUCCAAUUUCCAUCGAAAAUCUGUACGACCACAGUAGAGGGGGAUGGCCUCGUGGAUGAGAUUGUGAAUAAAUGAGAUUAACAAGUGUGUAGGGCGAGUGUUGUAGAGAGUCGUGAAUGGGUGGGAAAAUAAACGAAAAUGCAUACAGCGCAAUGCAAAGAAACAAAGAAUUUAAACCAUGAAUAUGAAUAAUGAAACUAGACUAAAGAGAAAAAGGGGUAGGAAGUGACAUGGUACUCAAAACUCUCCCCCAUCCCACACACAUACACACACACACACAUUACACGCAAGCACAUACUCAAAGCUGCAACUACUACUAGUGCUACUACUACUAUUAUUGUGUAAUAUGCUCGGUCUGUUUUAUUCUUCUGUAGGUAUUAUUUGUGCAAAAAAGCGAAACAAAUCGAAACCCCAAACUUCUAUGGCAAAGCAUCAAAAAGGAUCUUUUGCCUUAGUAUUUAAUGAGUGCGCGAAUUGCAAAGAAUUGACACACACAGUACUACCGACUACUACUAAAUGCUACGCGAAGUUACGAUAAGUUUAAGGGCAAAACUUUUACUUUUAAUUGCUACACAACCCAUUUUACUCCUGAACAAAAAAGGCGCACUCCCAUAAUUUUAUACCACAAAAACACACACACAAACACACACAAACAAGCGCGUGGUUAAAGGUCGUGUUUUUGUGUCCUUUUUCCCUCGUCCCGGUCUUACUUACUCGUUAGUGUAACUAUUAUGGAUUAUUUUAUUAAUAUUAUUUUUAUCGUUUUUUUUAGUAAGAAAAGCGUAUUUUUUUUGCAAAAAAUAUAAACAAGUUUUUAAUUGAAA